AUGUUCUCCGCUUUAAACGUUCAGAGCUUUGACUUUCAGACCUGGCCACAAGAGUUACACAAACAACACAACCCAGAGUCUGCAGUGUGUGACUCUGCAGUGUGUGACUCUGCAGUGUGUGACUCUGCAGUGUGUGACUCUGUAGUGUGUGACUCUGCAGUGUGCGACUCUGCAGUGUGUGACUCUUCAGUGUGCGACUCUGCAGUGUGUGACUCUGUAGUGUGUGACUCUGCAGUGUGCGACUCUGCAGUGUGUGACUCUGUAGUGUGUGACUCUGCAGUGUGUGACUCUGCAGUGUGUGACUCUGCAGUGUGUGACUCUGCAGUGUGCGACUCUGCAGUGUGUGACUCUGUAGUGUGUGACUCUGCAGUGUGUGACUCUGCAGUGUGUGACUCUGCAGUGUGUGACUCUGCAGUGUGUGACUCUGCAGUGUGCGACUCUGCCAUGUGCGACUCUGCAGUGUGUGACUCUUCAGUGUGCGACUCUGCAGUGUGUGACUCUGUAGUGUGUGACUCUGCAGUGUGCGACUCUGCAGUGUGUGACUCUGUAGUGUGUGACUCUGCAGUGUGUGACUCUGUAGUGUGUGACUCUGCAGUGGUGCGACUCUGCAUGUGCGACUCUGCAGUGUGUGACUCUGUAGUGUGUGACUCUGCAGUGUGUGACUCUGCAGUGUGUGACUCUGCAGUGUGUGACUCUGCAGUGUGCGACUCUGCAGUGUGUGACUCUGUAGUGUGUGACUCUGCAGUGUGUGACUCUGCAGUGUGCGACUCUGCAGUGUGUGACUCUGCGGCGGACGCACACUGGGUCUGGGGUCCUGGCCCGGUGCUGCUGAGGGCGGCUGCAGCACCACGGCGGGAGCGGCGAGACGGGGCGAAAAAGGACGCGUGGGCCCGGUCGCUGGGAGGAGCGGCGGCGUCUGCCGGCGGUCGCGCUCUCGGCGCGGUGGCUGCGCUUGCUGCCGUGUCGGCCGUGUCGGCGCCUUCUUGCGGACGCGUUGCGGGUUGUUAA